AUGUGCUCGCAAGAGCCGGAAACCCUUGAUCAUCUGUUCUUUGGUUGCUCGUUCUCCUCUGGAAUCUGGGGUGCUUUCUCUGUGGGUCUAGGCCUACAGCCUUCCCAUUCUCUCCUCUCGGUGGCUGGAUCAAUCUCAGGGAACUCGGCUCUCUGUGGCUCGGCAAAAGGGGUCCUUGCAAGGCUGCACUUUCAGGUUAGCAUCUACCAGUUAUGGAAAGAACGCAAUAGUCGAAUCUUCACCUCCACCUUCGCUUCAAUGGCAUCCACCAGAUCGGUGAUUGAUAGGACUAUCAGAGAUCGCCUUCUCUCCUUCCCGGCGGCAAAUGUAAGCUCUCCUUCGCUUCUCGAGUUGUAUUUUCUGCUUCUCUCCCCUGCUAUGUACGAAAGAUCUGCUCAUCUCGAUCACAAAGUCGACAUGGACGAGCUUCUAGAUUCAAUUCACCAGACCCAGAACGAGGAAGAGCUUUUUGCUCAGCUUUCUUCUUAUAAAGAUAGACGAUUGUCUAUACGGUUUAUGGUUUCACUUCUUUCCCGCGAAAAUAACUGGCACAAAUCACUCGCAUUGCUCGACUGGGUUCAUGAGGAAGCUAAAUACACACCCUCAGUUUUCGCCUUCAACAUGGUUUCUUCGAAACGUGUUAAGAGCUAA